AAAACCCGGAAGCCAAAAUCCUAGUUGAUUUGCGGGAAGGAGGAGGAGGGAGGAGGGAGGAGAGAGUCGGCCACAAGAGGGGAAAACCAGCGCUGCUCCGAGUCUAAAAUAGCAGCAGCAGCAGCAGCAACAACAGCAACAACAAGUGUGACAAUUAAGGCAGAAAACCAGGAGCAGCAAUGGGUACGAAUAAUUCCGAUAUAAUUAUAAAACUCCAGAAAGAAACGGAUGAAGUAUUGGAGGUCAUGUGUGCUAAUACUGAUAAAGUGAAGGAGCGAGGAGAGAAACUGGAAGUACUGGACGACAGAGCUAUGCAGUUGCUGGAAUCCGGUAAAGUGUUUCAGAAGACGGCGAAAGAGGUAGCAAAACAAGAAAGGUUUAAGAACAUGAAAUGGAAAAUUAUUUUGGGAGUGACGUUUGGUCUUGUGGCUCUCAUCAUCAUCAUAGUGAUCGUUUGCUUUAUUCUAUCUUCCAAACCAAAAGAUUCAGUUACUCCUUCCACAACAGAAAAAACAGUGAAUGGACAGUAGUGACCAUUGUGACCUGGACUGUGGAUUGCUUUGCAGUGUUAAGAGCAAGACCUGUCAUCAUUGCUGCUGAGCCAAGAUACUUUUAACUGUGGUACUUAGAAGUUAGAAACUAAACAGCCAUGAGGAGCAGCAAUUGACACCGUUAACACAAUUUUAUUGCGUUCUUUAAUUAAUUUGUUGACUAUCCAUUACAGCAAAAAAAAUCAAUGCAACUUAAUUUUGUUUUUGAAAUAAUAUAUGGGAUCCAGAUGGACCUGUUAGAUUUGUCAGCUUUCCCAAGUCUGCCUCUCAAACAGUGUGGUUAGGGCCCACCUCUAUAUCUACGUAACACCAUUCCAACCAAUAAAAUUAGGAUACGAUUGUUUAAUAGUUAUGCUACUGAACUAACAACCAAGAAGUUGUGAGCUCCUAACUUGCUAUACCAAUGAAAUUAAAUUCAACAAAAACAGGUAGUUGUGGCCCCAGAAAAGUGAUCAUAAUAGUCGGUGGACUGUGGGGAAAAUCCAACUGGUCUCUAAGGGAAUCUAUUUCCCCUAAUUGGUCUGUUCCCACUUUAUAUAACUCAUCUCCUGACUCCCCAGUGCCUGUCCUCCAUCUACAAGGCACAAGUCAGGAGUGUGAUGGAAUACUCCCCACUUGCCUGGAUGAGUGCAACUCCCACAACACUCAAGAAGCUCAACACCAUCCAGGACAGAGCAGCCCACUUGAUUGGCACCACAUCCACAAACAUUCACUCCCUCCACCACUGACACAGUGUGUACCACAUACAAGACACUGCAGCAACUUGCCAAACCUCCUUCAACAGCACCUUCCAAACCUGCAACCUCUACCAUCUAGAAGGACAAAGGCAACACCACCUGGAAGUUCCCCUCCAAGUCACACACCAUCCUGACUUAGAACAAUAUCGCCGUUCCUUCACUGUCACUGGGUAAAAAUCCUGGGACUCCCUCAGGGCAUUGUGGGUGUACCUACAUCAUAUGGACUACAGCGGUUCAAGAAGGUGACUUGCCACCGCCUUCUCAAAGGCAAUUAGGGAUGGGAUGGGGGUACGGGGAAAAGACAGGGCAAUGGCACAAGGUCACAAUGCUCAUUUGGAGAGCCGGUGCAGACAUGAUGGGCUGAAUGGCCUUCUUGUGGGCUGUUAAAAUUCUGUGAAAUAAAUGAUGGCCCUGCCAGUGACACUUACAUCCCAAGAAUAAAUAAAAGUAUAUAUAGUUGAAUCUUAACGACCUCUGAAACAAACUGGGACAAACUAUAUGGAUGGGUAAUCAAUAAUGCCUUGCCAGCAUUGUUCAUAUGCUUCAGACAAAUAAAGAUAGGGUUUUGUAGUAAAAUUGUAGCAGUAAACUGGAUAUCUAAGAAUUGCCUUCCAGCUGCUGAAUUGAAGAAUGAGAGUAUCCACAAAUUUUAUCUCUGUUGGUUAAAGUUCUCUUUUGAUAGAUUUGAGCUUUACAGACCAAGAGAAUUCCCAAGUACCACCACAAGUCUCUACUGAUGUACUUCACAGAAUGGGAGAGGUAUAGCCACUUUCCUUCCCUCUUUUUACUUUAUCAAAUUUAUCAUUUGUCUUUGGGGAGAGCUCGUGGUGUACCAAAACAAUUCCUUUCUUCACAAGUGCACCCAUAGCCUCCCUAUUAACCCACCUAUACUCACUUAUAGGAACAAAGGACUAAGGAGCAGGAGUAUGUCUUUGAGCCUCUUCCACCGUUCAAUAAGUCCAUGGUUGAUCUGAUUGUGGUCUCAACUCCAUCUUCCUGUCAGCCCUCAAUAACCCUCGACUCCCUUGUCCAUCAAAAAUCUAUCUAACGUAGCCUGAAAUAAAUUCAAUGACCCACUACUUUCUGGGAAAGAGAAUUCCACAUACUAACGACCCUCUGAGAGAAAAAAAUUCCUCCUGAUCUCCACCUUAAGAGGGAGGCCGCUUAUUCUUAAACCGUGUCUCCUAGUUCUAAACUCUCCCACAAGGGAAACAUCCUCCUGGUAUCCACUCUAUCCGCCAUAUCACUUAUGAAAGGUGGAGGCUUCCCCUGGUCCUGAAGCAUGUCGCAGCUCAGUGAAGGAGUCUGCACCGACAGGAGAGGGAGGAGAGAAAACUAUGAGAGUAAGAGAAACAAGGGCGAGGUGGCGAAAGCCAGUUCAGUGGAGUACCUCAAGAAUUCAAAAGAAUUGGAAAAUGAAAUGCAGUGUAUCCAAUAUUGUGAAGUGGAGUUUAAUGUAUUGAAGCUGACUGCCAGAUCGGUUAUGUCGUAAUAAAAAAUCUUUUAACCCCUUG